AAAAACGGACCCACGGUUAGAGGUGACACGGUGUAAACACACCCAAACCAGACCACAGACAUACGUUCUUACCACCAAACCAUACACGUCCGAGUAGCGUUCUAAACCAGACACUAACCAGGCUACAGGUAUCCUCAAAAGAUGUAUCCGGACGUUGGGAUAGCCCAAAGGGUCAAGUCACCACAAAAAAUCGCCAAGUCCUUUUCUUUCGCAUCCAAAUCAUGCCGCUCAUGUUCGAAGACAACACCAUACGCCUUGAACUACCUCUCAAGUACCCUGAAACGAUACGUGUCACGUUUAUUCCAGACGUACCUGGGCCCCUCACAAUCGAAAUCGUACCGUCCACUUGCACCAUCACGAGGUCUCCCGAGACACCCAAGGAAAAAGCACUUCCCCAACACCAGCGCACAUUUAUUGGGCCAGGAACUGACAACUCUCCUACAAAACUACCCGUCCCCACGACACCCAUCGAUGAUAGUGUUACGGAGCCUGAGUCUGAAGUAGAGCCAGGAACUCCUGGUGUGGCCGCAGACAAGACUGUCGUAAACACGAGCGCCGGUAUCAAACGUCCAGGCAGUCCCCUUGUUUCACACAAAUUCCGUACUACUAAAUACUGAAUAUUUGUUCUGUAUACAUGCGAAUGAUUAUAUACUAGCUUGAGCACAUG